CCACUUUUUUCGUUGCUACAAGAUGCAGCCACAAGUGGCUUGUUUUCUAGCUCUUAAAAUAGCGGAUGUUAUUCGGCUGCUCGUGUAAGCAUAUUUAGAAUUCAUAAGUUUAAAAGUCAACCGGGUUGGCCAAAAGUCUGUCUAACAGAACACCGUUUUAUCUGAGUUCGACAGGUCAGGUCUGAAACAGUUGCCGAAGGCGCACUGUUUGACAGUCAUGAAAGUAGCGUUAACCCACAGCGGUGGGGCGGUUCAGCUUUCCCUCUGACAACAUUAGCUCCUCGAGCAAAUGCCCACCAUGGCGUCUGUUUUGGAGGACCCGACUUUAGAGAGACACUUCAAGGAGCAUAAAGGUGCCGUCACCUGUACAGACUUCAGCCCAAACCGCAAACAGCUGGCCUCGGGUUCAGUGGAUAAAAGCCUGAUGAUCUGGAAUCUGGCUCCAAAAGCGAGGGCUUUCCGCUUUGUAGGACACCAAGACAUCAUAACUGGGGCGCAGUUCUCCCCCUCUGGAAACCUGGUGGCCACUUCCUCUAAAGACCGCACUGUGCGACUGUGGACACCUACUAUAAAAGGAGAGUCAACAGUUUUCAAAGCCCACACAGCGGCUGUGCGCAGCGUUUCUUUCUCCCACGAUGGCCAGAGACUGGUGACAGCGUCUGACGACAAGUCUGUCAAAGUGUGGAGCGUUCACCGCCAGUGCUUCGUCUACUCUCUCAACCAGCACACCAACUGGGUGCGCUGUGCCAGAUUUUCUCCAGAUGGGCGGCUCGUAGCUUCCUGUGGAGACGAUCGCACUGUCCGGCUCUGGGACACGUCCACCAAACACUGCAUCAACUGCUUCACUGACUAUGGAGGAUCAGCAACAUGUGUUGAUUUCAACUCAAGCGGCACCUGUAUUGCAUCCUCCGGAGCUGACAGUUCGCUGAAAAUCUGGGAUCUGCGAACCAACAAGCUGAUUCAGCAUUAUCAAGUCCACAGUGCAGGAAUCAACAGCUUUUCCUUCCAUCCGUCCAACAACUACCUGAUCAGUGGCUCCAGUGACAGCACUGUUAAGAUCCUUGACCUGCUGGAGGGACGCCUCAUUUACACCCUCCAUGGGCACAAGGGGGCUGUAAAUACUGUGGCCUUUUCCAGGGCUGGAGAUCUCUUUGCCUCAGGGGGAGCUGAUGGGCAGGUGCUGCUGUGGAGGACAAACUUUGACACCAAAUCCUACCAGGAUGUCCUGCAGCAGCACAGUCGCAGGUCCACUCCGGAUCCCCCACCCCAUGUGACUGACAUCCACCCCAGAGGACCCCACCUUCACCGGCCGCAGCCCACAGACAUUCAGAUCAGCCCCACAGUGGCAGAUACUCAGUCCACUGAUCCACAUGUCAUAGAGUUGGGCCAAGCUGUUCACUGUAGCACGCUCUUAAACAGUCGGACACACAUGACGCCCACCCAGGCCGUCGACAACAGUCGCCGUUCCAAUGGCUCGCCUCUGUGUCACAUGGGCACUUCAAGAGAGGAAGGAUGGCUGGGAGACCAAAGGGCCAGUAGGACAGGUACGGCUGCUGGGAGCCAGACUGGGGCCGGUUUGACAAGAAGAGGAAGGAGAGAGGAAGAGGAAGAGGAGAGAGGGCAGACACAUCCACUGGAAGUUGGUCCUCCCAGUCCUCCAUCGAGUCUGGACUCUACCCUCCGGCACAUUGUUCAACAGCUGGAUAUUCUCACGCAGACUGUGUCAGUGCUGGAGGAGCGACUCACCCUGACCGAAGACAAGCUGAAGGAGUGUCUCCUCCAUCAGUCCCACAUUCUCAAGGACAUGCGAUCGUCCGGAGGGAGGCGGCGGACCGAGAGCGAGGAGACGGAUGGAUCACCUGUCCGUUUCACUUGAGGACGACCUCGCUCAGACUGCGGCGCGCGCACACACACACAGCAGGUCGUGUGGCUUGACCUUAAGACUGCUGGACACGAGUGUGUUUGUCUCUGUGUACAUAUGCGUGCGAUGUCCACCUUGGUGGUCUCUCUCAGGGGUCAUUGGGUUAAUCAGGAUUUGGGCUUGUGAGCGUGUGUGUGUGUGUGUGCGUAAUAGCAACAUAUUUUCUUCAUGUCUGUCUUCACCUCUUAAGGAUAUCCAGCUGUACAGCCACAGCACAGUCUGGCUGGGGACAUUCCACUCUGUGUGUGUGUGUGUGUGUGUGUGUGUGUGUGUGUGAGAGAGAGAGAGAGAGAGAGUAUUGGUGUACCAUCCAAUCGGGACAGCUGCAGCUAUUAAAACAGACGCUGCUUGUCUGCUGUAUGACCUCUGACUGUGUGUGUGUGUGUGUGUGUGUGUGUACACGUUUGUGUAUUAGUGCAUGUUUUAGCAGUGGGUUGCUUUCGCAGUAACAACUCUCAUCGGUGCAUAAUGCCUUGUGAUUUUUAAGACCGAGUGGUGCUACUUGUUGCCUCAAAUACACGACAUCUAAAUAUGAUUUCUAUGAAUAAAUGAGAAACCGUAUUGCA